GAAGCAGCCAUAUACAUACCUGCCACUUCCUGCUUCUCAACUUCCUUCUUUUAUUCACUCGAACUACUGAUAGCAUAUUUUUCCUGUUCGAUUAUCCUUGGAAAACAUUAUACUUCGCAAUGUCGUCGACACAGGACGCCACCGCGCAAAUGGAUCACAUGUUGGAUACUUUGGCCCAUACGAAACCUGAGAAGGAGUCUCAGUUUCAGAAACUUGGAGAAGUUGUCGAAAACGACGACGAUAAUGGUGUAGUUGAAGUUGAAAGUCUCUGCAUGAACUGUCACGAUAAUGGAACCACUCGGCUCUUACUCCUCCGCGUUCCUUACUUCAGAGAUAUCAUACUAGAAUCCUUCGAAUGCCCGCAUUGCUAUUUCAAAGACAAUUCUGUCAAGUCGGCGUCUCAGAUUCAAGUACUCGGAUCCAAAUACACUCUCGUGGUAGAGAACGAAGAAGAUCUUCAGCGACAAGUCAUCAAGAGCGAUGUAGCCAUCUUCCGCCUGGAGACACUGGAAAUCGAGAUGCCCAAGGGAGAAAGCCAGCUCACCAAUGUCGAAGGUGUCCUUCAGAAGAUCCAUUCAACGCUUGAGAGCGAGCAAGAUUUGAGGAAGGAUCAAGCCCCGGAACUAUACAAAGCCCUGCAACCUAUCAUCGAGAAGCUCGCCAAGAUGUUGAACAGGGAAGCCUUCCCCUUCACGAUCUCACUUGAUGAUCCCACGGGUAAUUCAUGGAUCGCGCCCACACCACAUGAUACAGGCAACAAAUACAGGCGUCGGGACUACCCUCGAACACACGAACAAAAUGAGGAAUUGGGUAUCGCGGCAGACCCAGAUGCGCAGAAGGCUGAAGCCACCAACAUGGUUCAGACUGCCGGUGAUCCGGAGGAUCUCGACAUCAUCGAUGGACAGGUUUACACUUUGCCCGCAGAAUGUCCCGGAUGCACCAAAUCGUGUGUUGUGAACAUGCAAAAAGUCAGCAUUCCUUACUUCAAGGAGGUGUUCAUCUGGAGUACUAUCUGCGAUCAUUGUGGAUACAGAACAAACGAAGUCAAGACCGGUGGUGAGGUACCAGAGAAAGGCAAACGAAUCACUCUCAAAGUGGAGACCGUGGAGGAUCUAUCGCGAGAUAUCCUGAAGUCCGACACUUGCGCAUUGUACAGCCAUGAGCUCGAGAUGUCUGUACAGCCGGGCACACUUGGUGGUCGAUUCACUACUGUAGAGGGCCUGUUGACCGAGGUUCGCGAUCAAUUGCAUGGCCAGAUCUUCGAUGUUGGUGAUUCCGGCGCUGGAGAUUCGCUAUCAUCCAGCGACAAAGAGACUUGGACUCGUUUCUUCGACCGACUGGACUCCGCUAUCAAGGGCGAGUUCAAGUUUGUCAUCACACUCGAAGAUCCUCUGGCCAACAGCUACGUGCAGAAUUUGCACUUGCCUGAUCCUGACCCUCAACUGUCAGAGGAGGACUACACACGUUCUGAGGAGGAGGAGGACGAACUUGGCUUGAAGGAUAUGAAGACCGAGGGAUACGAGAACGAUGCCGAGAAUACCAAAAAGGAGGGCGAGGGUCAAGAAUCAAAGGCGUAAAGUCGCAUGAAAAAAAUAUUUUGACGAGGCGCGAGACGGAGUCUGUAAAUACGAGUUGCAUGGGAACAGGCGUGUUAUUUUUUUUUUUUUUGGUAAUGUUCUAGAUAGGUCAUGUUUAUGAUGCAUUAUGAUAUUUCAUGAUACGUUCAUGUAAUCAUAUAAUUCUAUCGAAAUCCUGCCUUCCUGCUUCAAUCUAUAUUCCUCAGGCCAGCUGUAAAUGCUACGCCGCCUAUCUCGAUCGCAAUGCUCAGUACAGACCGUACCGAAGAAGGCACUUAUAGUGUAAUCCAUACGG